AUGAGAAGACUAGACUACACGAAGAGUUCUAGUGAACAUGUUGAGUCCUUGGGGGACGGCCCAGUUACCGCUCCCAAACAUGGCCAACUCACGACUUUCCAUCCUGUAAUAAACCCUGCAUUGGAGAAGAGAGUAAUCCGCAAGAUCGAUAUGAUGGUGAUCCCGUUUAUUUGCAUUACCUACCUGAUCACCUACAUCGAUAAGGCAAUGCUCGGAUACUCCGCUGUCUUUGGGUUGAAAGAGAGUUUGCAUUUGCAUGGGACGGAGUACAGUUGGCUAGGUAGCAUGUUCUAUUUUGGAUAUCUUGCAUUCGAGUAUCCAACAACAUUCGUCAUGCAAAAAGUACCGGUUUCGAAAUGGCUAUCAGUCAAUCUGUUUUUCUGGGGUGGUAUCACAAUCGCUUUGGCGGGUUGCUCCAACUUCCGCUCUUUUUUGGCCUUGCGCUUCUUGAUCGGAGCUCUCGAAUCAUGUUCGACCCCGGCCUAUCUCUUGAUCACCGCAACAUGGUACACAGUAGAAGAACAACCGAUUCGUAUUGGCUGGUGGUCAACCUUCCUUGGUCUUGCCAACUCCUUUGGAGGUCUCCUAGCUUUUGGAGUCGGCCAAAUCAAGGGAGCCCUACAGUCCUGGCAGUACCAAUUCAUUUUCAUUGGCGCUAUUUCUUGUGCUUGGGCCAUAUUUAUGUUCUUCACGCUUGCCGAACACCCGUCAACAGCCCCCUGGUUGAACACAGAGGAAAGGGAAGCAGCCGUACAGCGAUUGGGUGUAAGACACCAGGGAGCGAACCACCGAGAGAUCAAGAAAUACCAAAUCAUCGAAGCCCUUACCGACCCCAAGACCUGGCUUUUCUUCUUGUGCGGAGUCAGUACUCAGGUUGUGAAUGGAGCAGCCAGCAACUUUGGUAGUCUCAUUAUCGAGGGAUUCGGAUACUCGAAUCUGGUCACAACGUUGUUUCAAAUUCCUUAUGGCAUGGUAGUUUUGGUCUCCAAUGUCUCUGCCAUGUAUCUUCAACGGUGGCUGCCAGGACAGAAACGCUGUCUUGUGGCCAUUAUUUACGUUUGUCCUGCCCUAGCGGGUGCUGUGGGGAUCCAUACGAUAUCUCGAGAUCACAAAGUCGCACUAUUAGUUUGUUACUGGUUGACGAGCACAUACACCGCCUCCUUUGCAAUGGUCAUGUCACUCAUCACCGCCAACACCGGAGGCUCUACCAAGCGGACCGUGGUGAAUGCUCUGUUUUUCGUCUCGUACUGUGUUGGAAAUAUUGUGGGACCAUUCUCGUUUAAGAGUAAUGAGGCCCCCACCUAUACGUCCGGAAUCGUGGCAAUGCUGGUGGCCUACUGCGUUGAGAUCUUUCUGCUUCUGGCUUUUGCGGCUUAUGCGGUGAUGCUGAAUAGAAAGAAGAUGGAGGUCCUGCAUGGCCAAGGACUGGUGCUGGAAGAUGCAGGUUUUCGGAACGAGGAGACACCAGUUGACCAAACUGAUAAAGAGGAUAUCUUUUUCUGCUACUCAUACUAA